AUGGUGCUAGAAAAUGUUAACCUAGUUUCUGAAGCAGAUAACGACAAGACAUCACCUCACUCAAAAAGUGUUGAACACAAUGGUUUACAGGUAUUAGAAACAAUUUUAGAAUCACAUUUAGACAAUACUCAAAGUUGCCAAGAUAGUCAAGAUGAUACCUCUGAUGGUAAUGACUAUGAUAACGACGACGAUGACGACGACGCUCUUAUGUAUUAUGAAAGAGCUAUUCAGGAAAUUGCUAAAGGUGAUUCUUAUAUAUGUAUGAUAUGUACAGUGGAAAUGGAUUAUACAUGUAAAAUGUUUGCAUGUAAAAAAUGUUAUAGAGUGUUUGAUUAUGACUGUAUUAGAGAAUGGGCUUUAAAAUCAACAGAAAAGACUGCAAAUAAGAUAUGGAAAUGCCCAAAUUGUUAUCAUGAAAGCAAAAAGGUUCCAGGCAAAAAUAAAGCCACUUGUUGGUGUGGCAAAGUCAUUAAUCCAGAACCAAACCCUCUGAAUCCAAAUUCAUGUAGUCAAACAUGUAAUGCCCCUAUAUGUCCUCAUGGUUGUGUCAAGGUAUGUCAUUUAGGUCCUCAUCCAGAAUGUAUGAGGAUGAUUACAAUUACUUGUCAAUGUGGUAAGCAUACAAAGGAUAUUUCAUGUUAUCAAAAUAAAAGACAAAUGGGUAAACAAAAAUUUCAUUGUGAUGAGCCGUGUGGAUUAUUAUUACCCUGUGGUAUCCAUAAAUGCCAAAAAAAAUGUCAUAGUGGGCUAUGUGGACCAUGUAAAGAGAUAUUAAUCACUGACGAGACUAAAGGUAUUAAAAUUCAAUGUUAUUGUGGUAAACAUAGUAAAGAAUCAAUAGUAUGUGGUGAAGUGAAAAUUCCUAAUAAAUACUCACGAAAUAGCGAAAAUCAGAAAUGGAUUGGUGUUUUUUCUUGUGACGAAAUUAGAACCGUGGAAUAUAAAUGUCAUAAACAUUCCUUCAUAGAAAAAUGUAUUCCAUCUCCAUCAGUCCCAGGUACAAAACCAUGCCCAUACUCUCCGAACUUAUUGAAAACAUGUCCAUGUGGUAAGACUCAAUUAAAUGAACUUAGUGAACCGAGAAAGAAGUGCACUGAUGCUAUUCCACAUUGUGAGAAUCGUUGCGAUAAACCUUUAAAGUGUGGGAAACACACUUGUCCAUAUACAUGUCAUGAAGGCGAUUGUAUGGAUCCAUGUAUACAAAUUAAUAAAGUUAAAUGUGCCUGUCAUAGAUCUUCAUUUUUAGUACCAUGUGGAUUUACUGAAUCCCCGCAUUGCAAUAUUAAAUGUGAAUCCUUAAUGUCAUGUCGUCGUCACAGAUGCAUGGAAAGGUGUUGUUCUGGUAGACCCUUAGCAGAAGCAAGGCGAAAAAAUAAUGUGUUCCGUUUAAGACAGAAUAUAAAUGAUGAAACAUUAGUGGAGGCUGAGCAUGUUUGUUUGAAGGAUUGUAACUUGAUGCUUUCGUGUGUGAACCAUCGUUGCCAAAGGAAAUGCCACCCUGGAAAGUGUCCACCUUGUUUGGAAAGUGAUUCUAAUGAUUUGGUAUGUCCCUGUGGAAAAACUAUUGUUCCUGCUCCUGUAAGGUGUGGCACAAAAUUACCACCUUGUCCAUAUCCAUGUAUUAAGGUAGUGGAAGGCGCCUCGGAAUGUGGACAUAAACCUGUCUUACAUACAUGUCAUCCUUUGGAUCAGCCAUGUCCACCAUGUACAGCACCUGUUUUUAAAACAUGUAAAUGUGGAAAAAAGAAUAAUGUGAGAACAGUAUGUUUUCAGACAGACGUAUCCUGUGGUCAGAUAUGUGAAAAACCUUUAACAGGAUGUCACCAUCGUUGUCAAAAGAAAUGCCAUAGGGCUGGUGAAUGUCAACUUAGGUGUAAUCAAAUUUGUGGCCUACCUAGAGACAACUGUAUUCACAAAUGUCGCAAACCAUGCCAUGGCAGAGAUUCAUGUCCAGAUGUCCCCUGUGUAAGUUUGAUCACAAUAAAAUGUUCUUGUGGUAGAGAGCAAAAAGAGAUUACCUGUGGUGCUACCUUAGAAUACGAAUCUAGACAAUUUACUGAAAGUAUUCCAUGUGACGAACAAUGUGAAAUGUAUAUCAGACAACAGCAAUUAAAAGAAGCAUUUGGUAUUGCUGAUUCAGAUAAAAACAUAAACGAUCAAUCUCAGAUUCAAGUAUUAGAAGACUUGUUAUCAAAGGCUUUGAACUUUGAAGAUUUACAAUUACCAUUCAGUGAGUCUGCAAUUAUUUCAUAUGGUAGACAAGAAAAAUGGUGCGUGCAGAUCGAAGACAUUCUAAAUGAUUUUAUUGACAAUAAAGGAAGAAUAAGUUUUCAUUUUAAACCUAUGAGGGCAUCUCAAAGACAUUUCAUUCAUGAGUUAGCUAAAUCCUAUAAAGUUUAUGCGGAAUCGCAAGAUCGUGAACCAAAAAGAUCUGUAUUUAUUAAGAAAGAAAGUGAAUCGAACAAACCACCAUUGAGGUUAGCAGAUAUCUUCCCUAUUUACAAAACAUUUAAACAAAUGGAGAAAGAACGUAAGAUGAAGGAGUUUUUAGCAAGAACCACCGAAAAAUUAAUUAAUUUCACAGUUGAUGAUACUGAUACUCAGAAAAUGGAGUUCAAAAGUACAUUUAAUGGUUUUUUUGUCAAAAAACUUUCCCACAACAGUGAUGAAAAAGAUUUAAAAAGAUUAUUUGAUAAAUAUUUAAAGUCUACAUUUAUCAAGAAUGUAAAGUACAAAAUAUUUAAAGAUGACACUAUGGGCUACAAUAAUGCCAUUAUAUACCCUGAAGCGUAUUCCAAUGUUACUGAAAAUAUGACUAGAGACAUGGAGGCUCUUGUCAGUCAUUUUGAUUAUAUUGCGAAAGAGGCUUUUGUUGCAGAUGAAGUUAGUUUAUGUGAUGUAUCUCCAUUGUUAUCUGAGGAAUCACCAUUGGAUGUUGUUGAUACAACUAUUCUUUCUCCUGCAGCUAUUGAAGAAGAUUUCAUGAGUGAGGAAAACAUAGAUAGCUGA